UUGGCAUGGGAAACUUAGGCCAUUAUUUUAGGGAGAUGAUGCUAAGACUCUUAUUUCAUUAUGAAUAUCUUAGAAUAUUUAAAAUAAUAAAUAUUUUAAGUAUUUUCUCGCUCUUGUUGAUGUGCUCAAUCCAUGUUUAUUCUGAACAAAGAGAUAUAAAGACAUUAACUCUUUCCUUUAGUUAACUUUAUCAAACCUAUUUAAUUUAUGUAAUACUCUUUGAAAUGUCAGAAAGAUCUUACAACUAAAUACUUAAAAGCAUUUUAGAGCAGUCUGCUGAUCUUGAUUGCUUUCUGAUUUUUUAAAUAUUGUUAAUGAAUGAAAUAUAUAUUUUUUCUUUAUAUUCACAAUAGCACCAUCAUCUGAAUAAAUGCGUUCAAAAGUAAAUAUAAUCAGGUUCGUCCUUUGACAUUAUUAAAAACACUGUGGAUUUUAAUAUUGUCCUUAUUCAUAACUUUCAGAAAACGUCUAAUGCUUUUGACUUGUUUAUUUAUUGUAUUUUCUUCCUUUUCAAAAAAUAAUUCAAAACAGUGGUAUCCAAUGAAUACAAUAAUUUCAGUUGUUUUAAUCAAAAUCAUAAAAUAGUGUGUGGUUUCAACUACUUAACUAUAAACUAUUAUAUCCUCAUAAAAACAUUUUGUUUCUUUUUUUUCUUUUACUGGAAAAGUAUUCUCAAGUUUAGGUACCUUUAUUUUGAAGGCUCCCGGUGCUUCCUGUGGUGUAGCUGACUGCAGGAAAUUUCCGGUCUGUUGUCAGUCGGCAGCGAAGCCAUGCCAAGCCUAAAGCUGAUAUCUGCGACCGACACGCAGUAUUCAGCAGCUGUCCUCAAGUCUCUGAACGAGCAGCGGAGCAAUGGCUUGUUUUGUGACAUCACCAUCAUCAUACAGGACAAGAAAUUCAGAGCGCACAAAACAAUCCUGUCUGCCUCCAGCACGUACUUUCACCAGCUUUUUGCCGUCGCCGGACAAGUCAUCGAGCUCAACUUCAUCCAGCCAGAAAUCUUUGAGCACAUCCUCAACUACAUCUACAGCUCCAGGAUUGUCCGCGUCCGCUCCGACAUGCUGGAGGAACUCAUCCGCGCCGGAAAGAUCCUGGGAGUGAAGUUUAUUGCGAACUUGCAUUCGCCGCUCUCACAAGUGAAAGGUCUGCCAGGUUUGUCCCAGGAGACGGGAAGUAAGAGCGAUGUCUCUCCGGAGACUAUGCCCGUCAUCACGGAGUCCUUCUCCAUUUCCGCAGAGGAAUUCAAUCAGACAAAGAAACCCGCGGGAAGCGAGGAGGAGGGCGACGAUGUAGUGUUCGUCUCCUGCACCGAUGCUCAAACCAGAGCGGCGAGUCUCAAGGCCAACCCUUCUGACAUCAUCGAUUUGGAAAAAGUGGAAUCGGAAAACAUUGAACCCAAACAAAGCGAAGAUUCGAAUCAUGUUGCGGCAGAUGCAGGGAAAGCAGCUGCCACGGCAAAAACUAACGGCGCAAAGUGUCAGGGGAACAGUCCGGACCGCAGCUCGAGUAACUCCCCGGUGACGCACGCCCAACCAGGCAGCCUCAGACCGGAGCCGACCAGUGAGAGCACCGACAUCUUGGGAGUCCACAAGAAGCAAGUCGCCGCUUCAUCCCAGGAGGGCGAUCCCAAAAUACGGCUUCUGGAUGUUUCCGGAGUCUCUGCUAGCAGCGCCAAGGGAACUAUAGAGGCGAAACAGACAGUGACACUCAACACCGGCACGGAAAUCGAUUCACUUUCAUCCGGAUGUAAAGUUUACGCCAACAUCGGAGAGGACACGUACGACAUCGUCCAAAUGAAAGAAGACCCAGGAGAAGGAGGAUCAAAACCCAACAAAGGGAAAAGAGCUUUAAUGGCGACGCCCAAAAAGGCCUUUGACCAGACGCCGCUGUCGCCGACACUCAGUCCGAACAGGAAGAAGAACAAAAUGGAGCUGGACGAUCACUAUGAGCUGAUCAUGGAUGGGAAGACUUUCUACGUUUGCGCCGUGUGCAAACGCCCGUAUGUGUGCAUCACGAGUCUGCGGCGUCACUUCAACACCCACUCGUGGGAGAAGAAGUACCCGUGUCGCUUCUGCAACAAGGUGUUCGCCCUGGCGGAGUACAGAACUAAACACGAAGUGUGCCACACGGGUGAGAGGCGGUACCAGUGCCUGCUGUGCAACGACAUGUUCCAGAACUACCAGAUUCUGUCCCACCACUGCAAGCAAGUCCACAAUCAGGACCCGAGCGGCAGGAAGCAGAAAGACGACGGCGACAACAACCUGUACCGCCUGCUGCCGUGCAGGUCGAAGAAGAAGUCGUACGUGACCGACCUGCCGGGAACGCCGUUCAUAUCGGAGGAUGGCAGCAUGCAGGAGAUGAGCCCCUCUGAAAUGGAGGCCAUGCACUCUUCGGCACAGAGCGGGAUGUACUGGGACGACCUGUUCGCCGAGCCGGGCGCUCGCUUGCAGCCGGAAUCCGAUUCGCCUUCGAUGAGCUCCCCGGCGCAGGGACCCAUGGAGUUCGAGUACAUCACACCGUAGAGCCGCUCAGUCCGCCGGAUAUCCUGUGCCUUCUCGGUUACGCUAACUCUGUUCUCGUCCUCCAAUUCAGAUCAUGUUUUGUGAUUAAAUCUAAUCCUACCCCAAAUUAAAGCUACAGCAUGCAAGUUUUAUUUUAAAAAUCUGUUAAUUUGCAUGUUUGUUAAAGCUGUCAACAAGUUAGCAUGACCACCAAAGAUGGUGGAGAAACAGUUUUCCUGUAAUGAUGAGUUGUUUCUCCACUAUUAGCACAUUUAGCAGCAAGUAGACUAGUUGAUUGACAGCGCUAAGACGAUCCUACAGAAGAGGAUUAGGGCCACUGAAAAUAAAAAAGUCAAAAUUCUAAUAAAAUUUAGGAUACAAAGAUCAAAGUCAAAAUUUUGAGAAAAUAAAUCCAGUAUUUUUUAGAAAAUUUUCCCAGCAGCUCUAAUCCUCUUCUGCACCCACCUCCUGGUUGUUUUAGAUAAAUUUUUUCAGAUGGCAAAAGCAGCACAGAGAUUGAUUUGUCUGUCUCAUACCAUGCUAACUAGCCUUAGCAUUCAUAAUGGGCUCUGCUAUUGGGAAGAAGCGUUAGAUUGAGAUAGAUAAAUCUUUAUUGUCAUUGUCACAAGAACAACGAAAUAUAAAAGUGCCAUCAGUCAGUUAGCGUAGCAGAGAAGGUGAUUGGCAGCGCUAAGCCCCUCCUCCUGGCUCUGAUUGGUUGUUUCUGACUGAACAGUGUGUUUCUGUGAGAAGACAGAUUGUCUGUGUCAUGACAGUGACAGUUUUAACAAAUAUUUAAAGACUUUUUUUAUAUCUAGAAGUUGCAUCCUGUAGCUUUAAGGCUUUUAGGAAAGUCUAAGUGUUAAUUUAUUUUCUCUUGUUUCUAAAGGUUCAAAGGAGUCGAGGUAAAACCGCUUGAACUUUCAGCUUUUGUUGUAAAUGUGAAACUUUGCCCAGUCGUUUCUCAGUAUUGUUGGAAAAUUAUGAUAAAAGAUGACGUAUCUUUUAGAAAACUAUUCAACAUUUUUCUCACCUGACUGUAAAAGUCAGAGCACACACACACACACACACACACACACACACACGCCCUCACACGCACACACACACACACACACACACCCACGCCCUCACACACACACACACACACACACACGCUCUCAUGCGUUUCCUUCCAGGUAAAUUAAUUUGGUGUUAAACUUUGCUGUAACAUCUGAAUCUGUUAAUCAUUGAUUUCACGUUGAUUUGAUCAUCCAACAGAAUAAUGUGCCGUUCAAUUCACUGACUCUACUAGAAGUUAAAGAUGAGACUUUUAAAAAUCUUUAUUAAUCACAGCAUGUUUCAUGUUGAAAUGUGAGAUGAAUGUAUUUGUAACAUUUAGGCCAUGAUGUCUAAAACGGUUCAACACUGCUGACCGACGACAGUUUCAAUAACCGUUUCAUUUCUUUAUCAAUCCAGGCGUCUUUUGUGUCUUUUGCCCCGUAUAAAUGUAUUUUACUGCGUUUUUUUUGUUCUUAAAGAAAAUGUGUUAAAUACAAAUUAUUAAAUGCAAUAAGAUUGUUCAAAUAUUAAAUCAACUCAAUGCUUCACCUGUUAAUAGAAGGACCUUCUGAUGAUAAUUUUAGGAUUUUUUUGUUUUGUAAAAUAUAUUUUUUCAUGAUGUCAUUGUUGCCACAUCUGGGUCUUGUGGCAGGAAAAUUUGUACAGUUUCAUUGGGCUUCUUCCUUACAUAGUGUAAGAUGGAUUUGUUUUGUAUUAUUUUAAAUGUAAAGGUAGGGAUUUUAACUGAGAUUUAUUAGUAUUUCGCACUUAAAUUUCCAGGUGUUUUUUUGUUUUUGUUUGUUUUUUUACAUCAUGUCAGAAAUUAGAACCGUCUUCUUGCAGGUUUAGGUAGAGCUAAAGCUUGAAACCAAUCUGUCUUGUUUUCAGAUUAAAUGCUACAGAUUGUUUUUCAAUAAAUGGAUUAACUACUGUUUAUGA